AUGGAGUCCAUACAAAAUACACAGACGUUGACCCGAUUCCUCCGAUCGAAAGAUGAACUGCUUGAUGACAUUUUAAUGGUUAUAAAGAAGCUACUAGACAAUGAGUUCGAUUUUAGUUUCUCUAACUACAACCUUUUCCUUCUCGAGUUGUUAUGUGAUAGAAUCAAUGAUAACAACAAAUUUAAGAAUUGGAAGUUCAGUACACAAGUGUGGAAGUCUUUCAGCCAAGUAUGGAAGAAAAUGAUGGAUAUUAUGGCUAGGGACAGAACCUUCAGAAGAGUAAAGUUUCUUGUGAAUCUUGAAAAGAUCUUUUCCCAGUUUUAUGAAAUCAAUGAUACACAAUUUUAUGAGCAGCUCCUCGAAGUCACCGAAAUGAUUUACUCUCAAGUUGUGUUAUAUGCGGAUGAAAGCAGCUGUAUAUCCUUCUUGGAAUCAUUUUUGAAUAUUUAUCAAACUGAUCUUGACGAUGAUUUAUUAGUACGUUGGACCACUCUUGCCAAAAAACUUUUCAAAAUUUACAGAAAUGAUAUUAAUUAUGUUGCUUCGAAGAAGAGUACACAAAAGUUUUUUCACGGAUGCCUUUCCAAGCUUUUGAAUAACAUUCAAAACUUAGAUGACUCCUUAAAUCAAUGUCGAGCUAUUCUCAUCAGCAUAGUCGAAGAGAGGGUUUUCAGCGGAGACUAUACUGUCACAUUUCAAGUCCAUUUCAAAGAACUCUUGAAAGGGAAACUACCAGAGUCUUCUGUUGGCUUGUUUUACAAAAUUAUUGUCAAAAACAUCGGUAACAAGAAUCCCAAAUUUUGCGAAGAAGUAUACCUUGCAAUUAUGGAAAAGUACAAUAGUAUGUCUGAAUCGUUGAUUGAAAUUCUAUCGUCCUCAAAUAAACCAUUAACAACAAGUUUUUUUGAGUCAGUGCUUGAUAAAACUUUAAGCAUUGGGCCUAUUAAUUGGAAAUUGGUUGGUUAUAUCAUCAAUUUAGAUUCAACGUUGGCCAUGGAUAGGGCUAAUAAUAUCAUUGAUAUAUUGAAUGUCGAAGAGGAUAAAAUCGUUCUUGGCUUUGUUCCGACUCUAAUAAGUUCAUAUGUCAAAGCAAGAGAUCUUUACGAGUUCUUGACCCAAGCAUGGCUUCGUAAUGUCCGGAAAAGACCAUGUUGGUCUUCCACAGCUGUUAUAGAUGCUGUUUCUGAUAACAUUAAUGACUUGUCAAGCACACAACUCGUCAAGGUAAUUGAGUAUGUCUCUGAGAACGAUUUUGAAUGCUAUCCAAUCGUUUUGGCCUUAGUCAAAGGACUCCCCAAUUGUUCUACACUUAAGGUUGACUCCUGUGAAGAAGUUUUAAGCAAGUCAAAGUAUGUUGAAAGUAGGACCUGGUGGGACCUUAAGUUUUACUUGUUAGUUAACUAUCCAAAGAUGAGUGAGUAUUUCAUCGAUCGUUUUAACAAAGAGGAUAUCUCACUAAACGAUACCCAUUACUACCUUUUUGUAUUUCGGUUGUCUGAAUUAUCAGGAGUGAACCUUAUGGAUGAACACUUUUCAAAGUCAUUUCUUAAACACCUUGAACACGAAGAACAAGGGUUUUGCAAGACGUUAUUGCAAAGAUGGUGCGUUUUGAUGAACAAAUUCUUUGAUUCUAAAGACCUUCAAUCGUUUAUCAACUUCUGUAUUCAGAAAUUGGAUAAAACUUUUUGGGUGGAGUUUCUAAAGAGUAAUGGUGAUAUUUUCUUUGAGCAAAAGAAUAUGGUUUUGGAACUCAUCAAUGUUAUAUUGAAUUCGAAUUCCAUUGAAGUGUUUCUGAUAUUGUCGCUCAUUCCCUUUCAAUGUAUUGAUAGACAAACCAGAGCAAAAUUAAUAGACAAGCUCACAGAUGCUCAAUUCUUCGAACCAAUACAGAAUUUAUUGACAGUCCCAACUUUCAAAUCCAGCAUAGAAACAGAUUUGAAUUGCUCAAUAAAAGUCCUUGCGCAGGGGUCCCAGGUUAGCAAAGAUAUAUUCCUGAUUAUCUGGUUGAAUAACUUGCGGCAAGCUAAGUCCGAUAACAAGUUUACAUCAAAGGCCUUGUCAUCACUUAAGAAACAUAUAAAAAAACGUACCAAAGAAAUAACACCAGAGUUUGAAGCCACUGGGUUGGUCAUUAAAUACACUAAUGUUUCCCUUCUACCUCAAGAGGAACAGGAAAGCUUUCUGGAGCUCAAGUCAAAGUACAUGAAUAUUUUAAUGAGUAUUUCAACCAAAAAAAUCAAUUCGAAAGCCUCCACGAACACAAUCAAAGAAUUAUUAUCAUUUUUGGACGACGUACUUGACUCUGCUAGUGCAUUAAUAUCUCCUCAGUUCAUUAAGAUGGUUGGAAAGGAGGUUAACCAUUUAAACGAUCAUCAAGUCAACAGCCUUUUGUUCAAAAUUGCUACAAGGGUUUGGGAUAUUAGCAACUAUAAGCAUACAUUGUCAUUGUUUUUGAUAUUGUAUAAACAUGAUGAUCCCAGCUUGAAAGAAAGUUUGGAGUUCUAUCUUUCAAGAGUAUCAGAUCAUGACGAUAUUUUUUCUGAUUUGAUUUUAUUUGUUCUUACGUCAAUGUCCAAUUCCUUGACCUCGAAUAAUAGCCAUGUGUUUAUUAACUUGUGCAAUUCAAUGUCAAACAAUUUCAAAAAAAACAAGAGAUGUGAGUUAAGUCUUGGAGUUAUUAUAUCACUUGUCAUCAACAAGUUACCUAUUUUAACAGAGGCAUCCCUAACACCAAUCAAAAAGUUCUUGUCCAAUAUUAGAACAGCUCUAACUGAUAUUUCGUGGUGCUUCACACAAUACUCAAUCGAGCAGGUCAUAACUAUCGUUACCAAGGUUACAUAUGGCUUGAAUAAUUCAAAUUUUAGCCAACAGGACGUUCAAGAGACCUACAUUUUAGCCACUCAGGUCAUGGCACAUAUCAUUCUUUAUCACAGAUUUAGAUUAACCUCCCGGCAUCAUAUGAUAAUAUCUGUGUUUGUUGCAUUACUAUCACCCUUGACCCUUAAAGGUGGUCCACUCAAGGUGUUCCCAGAAGGAUCAUCAGCAUUUGCCAGACUUUUAAGUAAUUUGUGUGAACCGUCUUCCAACUCUAGAAAUGCCAUAAAUAAGCAGUUAACUACUGCGACCAGCAUAAUUAAGAAGCAUUUGAGAAACUUUUUACCGGUGUUACUCGUGAACUACAUUUCCUUUUCCUUGACUCAAAAUUUCUCCAGAGAAAACAAUAACGAGCUUUUGCCCGGAGUGUUCAACAUCUUCGAUGUUUUAUCUCAACGUGAAUUAGAAAUUGUCAAUUCUUGGUUAGAUUCACAAGGUGUUGCACUUUACAAAAGUUUGUAUAAUGACUACAAAGCCUUCGGUAAAUGGAAGGAAGCCUGA